CCAUGUGGAACCCAAGGACACCACUGCUUUGCUGACAGCACAGCAGCCCCUCCUUCAAGACCGUGACCUUGCAACGGUGGCCCUUGGCCCUCCACCUCCGGCUGGGGCGGAGGCCGCCUGUCUCCAAAUCCCCAGCCAUGACGACCUCAGCACUGCGGCGCCAGGUAAAGAACAUCGUGCACAACUACUCUGAGGCAGAGAUCAAGGUGCGGGAGGCCACCAGCAAUGACCCAUGGGGCCCACCCAGCUCACUUAUGUCAGAGAUUGCUGACCUGACCUUUAACACGGUGGCCUUCUCCGAAGUUAUGGGCAUGAUAUGGCGGCGGCUCAAUGACAGUGGCAAGAACUGGCGGCAUGUGUACAAGGCACUGACGCUGCUGGACUACCUGCUCAAGACAGGCUCCGAGCGGGUGGCCCACCAGUGCCACGAGAACCUCUACACCAUCCAGACGCUCAAGGACUUCCAGUACAUCGACCGCGAUGGCAAGGACCAGGGCAUCAAUGUACGCGAGAAGGUCAAGCAGGUGAUGGCGCUGCUCAAGAAUGAGGAGCGCCUGCGGCAGGAGCGCACCCACGCCCUAAAGACCAAGGAGCGCAUGGCACUGGAGGGCAUGAGUGUCGGCAGCGGGCAGCUGGGCUUCAGCCGCCGCCAUGGCGAUGACUACGGCCACUCCCGUGGGUCCCCAUCCUCCUACAACUCCUCCUCCUCAUCCCCCCGCUACACCUCCGACCUGGAGCAGGCCCGGCCCCAGACAUCAGGAGAAGAGGAGCUGCAGCUGCAGCUGGCCCUGGCUAUGAGCCGCGAGGAGGCCGAGAAGCCGGUCCCCCCGGCCUCCCACAGGGACGAGGACCUGCAGCUGCAGCUGGCUCUGCGCCUAAGCCAGCAGGAGCACGAGAAGGAGGUGAGGUCCUGGCGGGAAGAUGACUCCUCCAAGGCCAAUGGCGCAGGGGCCACGGUCCACCGUUGGGAAGACCAAGAGCCCCAGAGAGAAGAGAGAAAGGAGGGGGAACAGCUGAAAACUAGCCAGUCCUCCAUCCUGGACUUGGCCGACAUCUUCGCACCCACCCCGGGCCCACCUUCCAUACACUGCUCUGCUGACCCAUGGGACAUCCCAGGUCUCAGGCCAAGCACAGAGCCCAGCGGCUCCUCCUGGGGGCCUUCUACAGACCCCUGGUCUCCGGUCCCCUCGGGAAAUGUCCUGUCCCGAAGCCAGCCCUGGGACUUGCCCCCCAUGCUCUCCUCCUCUGAGCCCUGGGGCCGGACCCCAGUGCUGCCUGCUGGACCCCCCACCAUAGACUCCUGGGCACUGAACUCCCCCCACCAUAAACUCGCCAGCACUGGGGCCGACCCUUGGGGGGACCCUAUGGAGAUUUCCAGUACACCUGGUGGUACCUCAAACUUUGACCUAUUUGCCAAAACCCCAGAACCCACAGAGACCAAGGAGAAGCCAGAGGGUGCCCAGGCCCUGCCCUCUGGGAAGCCCAGCAGCCCUGUGGAGCUGGACCUGUUUGGAGAACCCAUCCCCAGUUCCAAGCAAAACGGUACGAAGGAGCCGGAUGCUUUUGACCUGGAUGUGCUGGAGGAAGCGCUGACCCAGCCUAGCAAGGAGCCCCGAGCUUGCCGGACUCCUGAGUCCUUCCUGGGUCCCUCGGCCUCUUCCUUGGUCAAGCUUGACUCGUUGGUCAAGGCACCCCAGUCUGCAAAGAUCCAGAACCCCUUCCUCACAGGUCUCAGUGCUCCAUCCCCCACCAACCCGUUCGGCGGGGGCGAGCAGGGCAGGCCAACCUUGCACCAGGUGCGCACCGCGUCGCCAGCGCUGGGCCUAGCGGUCGGCGGGCCCGUCGAGGCGCCCCUGGGCUCCAUGACCUACAGCGCCUCCCUGCCCCUCCCACUCAGCAGUGUGCCGGCUGGGUUGACCCUCCCCUCCUCAGUCAGCGUCUUCCCGCAGGCUGGCGCCUUCCCGCCGCAGCCCGCAAGCCUACCGCAGCCGCUACUGCCCACGUCGGGCUCCACCGGCCCCCUGAACACGCCCUCGCUGGCGAACACCAACCCUUUCCUUUGA